AUGGCGAUACUUGGCCUCGACAUCGAGGAACUCGCUGCUGCAAUCCGAGAGCAGCACUUCUCAGCGCAGCAAGUGCUCCGGACAUACAGGGCUCGGGCUGAGGAGAUUCACCAUGCUUGCAAUGCAGUGGCUUUCUGGCUUCCGGAUGCAGAGCAGGAAGCAUGCAAGGCAGACGAGUACCUUCAACGCACUGGCGAAGUCCUCGGCCCCUUGCACGGGAUCCCUUUCACUGUUAAGGACCACAUAGCUGUGGCAGACACGCCUUUGACCUUCGGCACGAAGACGCUCCAAAGGCAUGGGCUGAAAAGCAAGAGCGAUCACAACUUGGUUGCCGUGCUGCGAGCUUUGGGUGCAAUUCCUUUCGCAAAGUCAACAAUGACUCAGCUUGGGAUGUCUAUUGGUGGCGGGAGCCCUGCCCAUGGCGACACGCUCAACCCCUGGGACACUCGGCGUACUUCCGGCGGCAGCAGUUCGGGGGAGGGUGCUUUGGUAGGCGGCGGAGCAUCACCAUUUGGCAUCGGUACUGAUGUGGGUGGCUCUGUCCGAAUACCGUCGGCCUAUUGCGGAAUCUCUGCCUUGAAGCCCACUCUGGGCCGGCUCGCAAUUGACUGUACUCGCCCUGGGGAGCACUUCACUCCAUAUACGCUUGGUCUCAUGGCAAGAUCUGCCAAG